UAAAAUAAACCUAAUUUCAAUACAAACGUUUACUUCCUGCACAAUCAUAUAAUGUCUGAAUUGUUAUUUUAUUGUUAAUAGAGGCUUAGGUUUGCUAGUUUCAUAUCCAUAUAUAUGUAUAUAAGUCAGAUUCACCGACCAAAGGGGCCGAGUAAAGCGCGCCGCUCAGCCGGUUCCCGGCAAAAAGGCGUUUGUUUUUAUUUCUUUGGCGCGGAAAAAAAUCAGCACGCGCCCGCCCUGCACCUCCUAAACAUGCGCCACGCAGCGACGCAGACUCGGCCGGGUGUGUGCCGAAUUCACUUUCAUUUGCGACAUCUCAUCGUCUCCCGAAGGUCACGGUGCAGCGGGCAUUGUUUCGUGUGAUCUUAGGUGCAUGUGAGACGCGAGCGGGUGCUUGCGGCGGCCUCCGCUGACCGACUAGGAAAUGCCUGGAACGAAUACAUUUCAAGUGAAAUGCGAGCCUCUAUCGGAUGAGGAAGAAAGCACCGCACUGUUCACUAAAACUUAUUUUAACGACCACCGGUCGACGCUGGACUACGUUCCAAUAAAGUUAGAAACAAACCCGAGAGUUGAUGAAAAUGCCUCGUCCAAUCUGCUACAUCAUUUACAGCAGUGCGUGCAAGGCUCGCUGGAGGAGCUGGCCCCCGCCCCCGCGGGCCCCGCCGCGACGCCCGUUUGCGAGCACGUGCCGGCGCCGCGCGACGCCUCGCUCGCUACGCUUGAGCCCGCGCACGCACACGACGUGGGAUCCUCGCUCAUAAGUCGCCACAUGGAAAUGAUGAACACGACGGAAGUGGCUGAUUCGGCCGAGUUCGUUCCGCUCAUGUCCAUCAAAGACGAGCCCACGUCUGAAGGAGAGCAGCAUCAGUUAAGCAGCGACGACACGAGCGAUUCCAACGGCCCCCCACAGGAGACGGGCAGUCGCGGGAGCCCGAAGAGCUGGACUCAGCGGGACAUGGACCAGGCUUUGGAAGCGCUUCGGAAGCAUCAUAUGAGUCUUACUAAGGCGUCGUCGCGGUUCGGCAUCCCGUCGACGACGCUGUGGCAGCGCGCGCACCGCCUCGGCAUCGACACGCCCAAGAAGGACGGCGCCGCCAAGUCGUGGGGCGCCGCCGACCUGGCGCGCGCGCUGGCCGCGCUGCGCGCCGGCGCGCUCUCCGCCAACAAGGCCAGCAAGGCCUACGGCAUCCCGAGCAGCACGCUGUACAAGAUCGCGCGGCGCGAGGGCAUCCGGCUGGCGGCGCCGUUCAACGCGGCGCCGACGGCGUGGCGGCGCGCCGACCUGUCGCGCGCGCUGGCCGCCAUCCGCUGCGGCGCCGCGUCCGUGCAGCGCGCCGCCGCGCAGUUCGGCAUCCCCACCGGUGCGCGCCGGGCGCCGCCGCGCUCAGAGACGUGCGCCGGAACGUUAUACGGCCGAUGUAAAAGAGAGGGGAUUGAAUUGUCUCGCUCGAAUCCUACGCCAUGGUCCGAAGACGCCAUGGAAGAGGCUUUAGAAGCGGUCAGAGUGGGUCAGAUGUCCAUUAAUCAAGCCGCAAUCCAUUUCAAUCUCCCAUAUUCUUCACUGUACGGUCGUUUCAAGAGGUGCAAAUAUCAACCAGUACAGGGUCAACCACCUCAACAGGAGCUUCCAAAACCCCCUGAAUCCGAGAGCCAACCACAGGAUAUGUACUACCAACAACUAACACACACACAUACGGAACCCGAAGCGCAGAAUCCUUACAUGAACGAUAUCGAAUCCCAUAGCCUUCAGCCCUUACACUAUGGGCAGAUGUACUAUUCGCCGUGUCACGUCACCAGCUGAGAGUACAAUCCCUCUGAAGAGGGACAAUGACAAAUGAUAUCAUGAGACUAUUGACAUUCAAUAAUAAAUCAUUUUAAGAAAUUGUUUAAGGCCAAAAUACCAUCUAUUUUGUUGGUAGUUUUUUUGUAAAGGUACUUUAUACAAAAAAACAAACAAAGUUUAGUAAAUAUAUUAAACUAUUUGUAUGAAUAAGUAAUAUUUUUCGGUAUUCAUUAUAAUCAGUAUCUACAUAUUAUAAUAAUCGGUAUACAGCCGUGCCAACAAUAGCAUCAUAUACCCUAUUAAAUGCUAUUCUAAAUUAGAAAUUAAAUAUUUAUUUUUAUUCUAAAAUGUCAUUUAACUGUAAGAGUUAUUUGUAAGUGGAUUAACUAUGUUGUGAGAUAAAAACGUUUUGGACCGAUUUAUUAGUAACCUGUUAGGUAUUUAGGAGUAGCUUUGUCAGCUUGACAGUUUUUGUUUAAAACUUGUCAAAACUAUAAAAUUAUUCGAACGGAUUAAUAAGGUAAAAAUAAUGUCCAUGGCUUAUCUUGAGGUUUAUUUAAAAAAGUUCAAAAUUAAACUUUUGUUUCUUUAUAUGAACUUUGGUAUCAUCAUAUUUAUGACAUAAUUUUAAAAUUAAUAACUCGUACAUAACAUUUUACAUUAAUACCUACUUUGUAGAGAAUUACCGUUAUAAUGUGAUAUGUUGUUAUCAGGGUUAGUGAUUUUUAUAUUGUUUUAAAUA